AUUGUUAAAUGGACGAUAACGAUAUCUAGAAUCAAAUGCGGAUUUAUAAGUCAAAAUGUUGAAUUAGUAGGUGAAAUAUGGCUUUACUAAGUACUUAUUAGUAAGCCAUGUUUCUGAGAUCUAGAAACUUCAAUAUUUGUAUGGCAGACCCUUUAUAUAUGAGAAUUCUUGGUUUGCGAAAAGUUAGCAAAAGAGAUAAUUUUUUGACAAGUGACAACGGAAAAAUUUCUAGUUGUUUUCUAGGCCAACAGUCGCUGCUCUAAAUAAUUAAAAAAUAACUUAAACUGACUGCGUCAACGACAACUGUCACUAUCACUUCAAAAGCUAUAAAACUACAACAAACCGCGGUUUUGAUUUGGAAACGGUUUGUUUAUAAUAAUUUAUUUUGCCAUUAUCCUGAUUUAUUUAUCCUGACCCUGAACAACAUAAGUGUUCUAAACGUUGUGCAUCGUUUUUUAUAUUCACAUAUCUGCAAGUAAAAAUAUGCAGAAAACAAAAAAGAAGAGAGGAGACGAAGAGCCGAUGGAAGUGGAGGAGGGCCCUGCACCAUCACAAAACGGGGGAUCUCAAAAAUCUGAUGAAAACAACGCAAUGAACGGUGACAUUGAUCAUAUUUCUGACGACGACGAAGGUGGAGUGCGUAUUGGAGAUAUUUAUAUACCACCAGCGCCUAAGCCAGCGCUAACAUUCGAUGCUACUGGUCCCAGGCUUCUCAUUACUCACAUUGUUAAUGAGAAUUUUAAAAGUUACGCAGGCGUGCAGACUUUGGGGCCUUUCCAUAAGAGUUUCACAGCCAUAAUUGGCCCCAACGGCAGUGGCAAGAGUAAUGUUAUCGACUCCAUGCUGUUUGUGUUUGGCUAUCGAGCCACAAAGAUCCGUUCCAAGAAGAUUUCUGUGUUAAUUCACUCCUCGAGCAAGUUCCCUCACAUCAAUAGUGCCAGUGUUGCAGUACAUUUCUGUCAGAUUAUAGAUGGGGAGGGCGAGGAGUUCACAGUGGUCCCCAACAGCGAGAUAGUGGUGACCCGCACCGCAUUCAAGGACAACUCGUCCUGCUACACGCUGAACAACCGCCGGGUGCAGUUCAAGGAGGUGGCCAGGAUGUUGAGGUCGCACGGCAUUGACCUGGAUCACAAUAGAUUCCUUAUUUUGCAGGGCGAGGUGGAGCAGAUAGCGAUGAUGAAGCCCAAAGCGCAGACUGAACACGAGUCAGGCAUGCUCGAAUAUCUGGAGGACAUCAUCGGCACGUCUAGAUAUAAGGAACCAAUAGAGAAGCUGUCAGUCAAAGUGGAGGAAUACACAGAGAUGCGAAAGGAGAAGUUAAAUAGAGUGCGCCUGGUGGAACAAGAGAAGCAGAAGCUGGAGCAGCCAAUGAGAGAAGCGGUGGAACAGAUGAACCUGACCAACACUAUGCUGCGGACUAGGAAUAUGCUGCUGCAGAAGUAUAUACACGAAACAAACAAAAUAAUCGACAACAAGGAAAAGGAAAUGGACGAAUUGAAACAGAACUUGAACGCAAUAGACGAAAAGUUGAACAAGAUCAAAGAUGAGUUGCAUGAGAAAACUACUGUACUCAAAAAUGGCACACAAAAAUAUGACGACCUUCAAAAACAGAAGGACGAGAUAUCGGAGAAGUUGCAGCAGUAUAAGAAGCAAACAGUCUCAGUAGUAGCGGACACCACUCAGGGGAAUAAGAAGAAGAAGAAUUUGCAGCAAUUGCUGGCGCAGGAGAAGGGGAAACUUGUUGACUUAGAGCUGGUGCCCGAUAAAAACAAGCGAGAAAUCGAAGAGUGUGAGAAACUGCUAGAGAAACACGAGAAGAACAAGAAACAAGCUGAAGAAGAGCUAGAAACUGUCAUGGCGGGUGUUAGGUCCAAAACCCAAGGUCUGCAAGAGACCAAAGACAGACUACAAGCCAAACUAAUUGACUUGAAGAAGAUAGUGGACGAGGCGAAUAAGCAGUACAAGUUGGCGGAAUCAGAACUGAAAAUAUACUUGAGCACAGAACAGAAGGAGAGUGAGAAGUUAGAAAAGAUAAAGGAGGCGUAUGAGAAGGCGCAGAGUGAUUUGGAAGAUAAGAAAGCGUUACAAGAAGAGUUAUCAACCACGGUGCCUUUAAAAGAGAAACAGUUGCAAGAGAUCCAGACCAAACUGCAGACUUUGAAGAAAGAGGAGGCCACGGUGUCGAGUGAAGCCAGAUCGUUGAGAGCUCAGUUAGAAGAAUCGAGACAAGCAAUGAGCGCGAACAAAUCCAGAGGCAGAGUUCUAGACGCGCUCAUGAAGGAGAAACAGCGAGGCAACUUGCCCGGAGUGUUUGGAAGAUUGGGAGACCUCGGUGGUAUAGACGCGAAAUACGACGUCGCAAUAUCCACCUGUUGUGGCCCUUUGGACAACAUAGUGUGUGACACUGUGGAGACCGCCCAGGCUUGUGUGGAGUUCCUCAAGCGUCACGACAUAGGACGAGCCACUUUCAUAGCGCUCGACAAGCAGCAGCAUCUGAAGCAAUAUUACGAGAGGAAUGUUACGUAUCCAGAAAACGCGCCUCGUCUAUUCGACCUGGUCAAACUAAAAGAUUUACGAGUCCAACCGGCGUUCUACUUCGCAUUGCGCGACACACUAGUCGCGAACGAUCUAGAACAAGCGACGCGGAUAUCGUACGGAACCACCAGAUAUAGGGUGGUCACUCUCAAGGGCGACGUCAUUGAGAUUGCCGGCACGAUGUCGGGCGGCGGCCGCAGCGCCGCGCGCGGGCGCCUGUGCAGCGCCGGCGCCGGCGGCGGCGGCCGGGACCCCGCGCUGCUGCAGGACAAGGAAAACAAACUUAACAGCUUGGAGAUGAGGCUAACGGAGCUUCGCAAUGAACAAGUCAACUUAGAAGAUUCGGUGGUGUCACUACAGAGGAGCACUCGCGAAGGAAAGACUACAUUACAUAAGCUAAAUGUGGAACUCAACAGCCUGACUGAACAACUGCCUGUUUUAAAGAACCAAAUAAAGCAUCAAGAAGUCAAGGCCUCGUCGAGCAAAGUGGACUCGAAACAUAAAGCGAAGUUGGAAGCCGCUUUGAAAAUAGCGGAGGAAAAACUGGACAACGCUAAACACGACGCUGGCGAGGUAGAAAAAGAGGUUCACGGCGUGGACGCACAAAUAUCUGCGGUGGCGGGCGGCAAAGUCAAGGAUUUACAGAAAAACGUCGAUGAGCUGACCAAAAAAAUCGAUAAAGUCUCCACUGAGAUCACAAAGUUGCGCGUCGCUAUUAACACCAGCAUAAGGAACGCGAAGAAGUCCAAAGACAAGAUAAACCUAAUGGAAGCUGAUUUGUCGGAGACGGAGAAGAAUUUGGAGAAUCUGAACAAUCAGAAGAAACAGCUCACUCUUGACACUGCGCAGCUGCAGAAGAAAUUUGAUGAGCUAGAGGAGCAAAUAAACGAAGGUAUUGGUGAGUUCUCGGAACUAAAGCAGGAGAUAGCGAAACUGCAGAGCAAGGAGAAUAAGAUCAAGAGUGAGCGGUUGGAGGCCAACAACGCCGUGGACAAGAUGAGCAAGACCAUACUGGACUGUCGGAGCAAGGCGCCCAUGUGGGACAAGGAGCUGAAGACCCUGAAGCUAGAAGAUCCAGGUUUAGACGGUAUACCCGGCAUAGAGCGGCCGUCGCCGCUAGACAAACACACAGCAGAAGAGUUAGAGGAGUCUUCGGUAGAAGAGCUGCGGAACAGACUGGCGGCGCAGAAGACGCGGCUGGGAGAUGCCAAACCCAACAUACAGGCUAUACAGGACUAUAAAACGAAAGAGGAGUUAUAUAUAAAGCGCGCAGCAGAACUAGACGAGAUCACCACAAAGAGGAACGAGAUGCGGGCGCUCUACGACCAGCUGAGGAAGAAGCGCACCACUGACUUCUUGUGCGGUUUCAACACGAUAACGAGUAAACUGAAGGAGAUGUACCAAAUGAUCACUUUGGGAGGCGACGCCGAAUUAGAAUUAGUCGAUUCGUUAGAUCCUUUCACAGAGGGCAUCAUAUUUAGCGUCCGUCCCCCGAACAAAUCGUGGAAGAACAUAUCUAACUUGUCCGGAGGCGAGAAGACUCUAUCGUCUCUAGCGCUCGUGUUCGCGCUACAUUACUACAAGCCCACGCCGCUCUACGUCAUGGACGAGAUCGACGCGGCUCUAGAUUUCAAGAACGUCUCUAUUGUGGCUAAUUAUAUUAAGGAGCGCACGCGAAACGCGCAGUUCAUAAUAAUAUCCCUGCGAUACAACAUGUUUGAAGUCUCCAACAGACUGGUCGGCAUCUACAAGACAGAGGACUGCACAAAGUCUGUUACCAUAGAGAAUAAAGUGCCUGAACACGUCAAUGAUGUCGCUGGUUAAUAUGGUGUUUAGGGUUCUGUAGUUCAAGAGGUAAAAACCCUUAUGGGAUAACUUCGUUGUCCGUCUGUUUAUCAAAAUCCUAUUUUUCAGGAGGUUGAAAUGUAUAUUAAAAGCUCUGAUCUAAGAUUAGACGAUCACAGUUGUGAAAUGGAAACUCGUUUUGCAUGAGUAGGGCGGCCUUCCACUAUUUUGAUCAAAUUGUUGGAAAAAUCUCACAUCACACGUACUAACCAGAUAUAGUAAAUAUAUAGUAAAACUCGACCAAACGGCCAAAUUGGGUAAUUUGGCCAAAGAAACUUUACAGUGGAACACCACCGUUAGGUAAAUUUUCUGUAAUUAAGUGAACUAUUUUUGUACUUCGUUGAAUGAUUAGAAGUGUUAAGGUUCUGUGAUAAGGAUGUAUUUUAAACAAUAAAAUAUUACAGAAAU